AUGGGUGUCGAAGCUAUAGUCAGAGCAGUUGGUGUCGGCCUGGAGGUCGGUGCAGCGGUGGGCUCGGUCGGUGAAGUGGUAGGAGCCAUGUACGCCGGUGAGGUAGAUGAUGCCGCGGCGUGCUCGCUGCAGGCAGAGAACAGGACCGAGCAGUUGUCGAUGACAUCAGGCGGCGUGGUGGUGGUCGGAGAGAACUGUGGCGCACCUAUCAUGAUGUGCGACGCCACAACAUGCUUGUUGCAAGCGGUGGGCGUGACCACGCACUCAUCGAUGGCACUGGGUGUUGUGGCGGCGAUGGGUGUAGACACUGCAGUCAAUGCUGGGGUGGAUGGUGGUGUCGCAACUGCCGACGCAGCAGUCAGAGUCGAGGGCGCCGGUGAAGUGGGCGAAGACGAGGGCACGGACGACCGUGUCGCAGAUGCGAGGGUCUUGAGGGUGCUACACAUCCCCGCGUUCACUUCCUCCAUCAUCCGCAGCAUGCGAACCAUCUUCGCCUCGAGCUCGGCGAUGGUGGCAACGGACAGUGUAGAUCCGGGUCGGGCCAUACUUCCUCGAUUGAUGGCUCUGAUACCAAAUGUCACGAUCCUUGAGGUAACUACCGGCGUACAUGCAUGGCGGGGAGAGAUCGGCAGCGCCGUCUCUAGAGAAGAACGGAGAAGAGGAGAGAAAUAG